UCUUCUUCACAGUGUCACACUCUGCUGCAACUGGAGGGACUAUAUCCAUUUCCCGCCAUGGCUUCUCUCCCGCUCAAAACUCUAUCCGUUUAUCACCAUCCCACUUUCUUCCUCCCCAAAGCCCUAAACCCUGACCUCAAACUCCCAAAGUGCAAGCCCAUCAAUGCCUGCAAAUCCCAGCUCCAGACGGAGCGCGGCCUGCAAUUCGACGUCGGCGACACCUUCUUCCGCCACGAGAGCGCGACGGGCCGAGACCUCGGCGUGCUCUCGGCAGCCCUCCGCAAGAAGUCCGAGGGCAGCCUCAGGGUCCUGGACGCGAUGUGCGGAUGCGGAAUUCGGUCCCUGCGGUACUUGGUGGAGGCAGAGGCCGAUUUCGUGCUCGCAAACGACGCCAAUGACUGUAUCCGGGGCAUAAUUCUGGGGAAUCUUUCUAGGGUUUCUGGGGACGGGAGCAGAUGGGCGGUGACGCAUUCGGACGCGACGCGAGUCUUGACGGAGCGUUACUUGGAGAGGGAUUAUUUUGAUCUCAUUGACGUUGAUUCUUUCGGCAGCGAUUCCAGCUUUCUCCGAGCUGCCAUUGCCGCCGUGAAAUUGGGCGGAUUGUUGUAUGUUACUAACACGGAUGGCUACUCCUCCGGCGGUCACCGGCCUCAACGUUGUUUGGCUGCCUAUGGAGCAUAUGUUCAACGCAUGCCAUAUCCAAAUGAGAUUGGGCUGAGGAUGCUAAUAGGUGGAGUUAUGAGAGAGGCAUUGAUACUAGGCUAUCAUGUUGUUCCGCUCUUCUCAUACUACUCCUACCAUGGACCGGUUUUUAGAGUGCUGCUACAAGUCAAGAGUGGGCAGCCUCCUGAUCCCAGGCACUACGGCUUCAUCAGCUACUGUAACCGGUGUGGCAAUUCUAGAGCGUUCUCCUGGGGGGAACUCGGGCAAAUCAGCUGCUCUUGCAGUGGAGAUGUUGCGAAUUCACUUGCUGUUUCAGGGCCCCUUUGGACAGGGCCUCUUCACAAGGAAUCGUAUAUUAUAGAAAUGUUAAACUUGGCUGAAGAAUGGGGGUGGAUAGGAGGGUGUAAGACAGGAAGAGAUCUCGAAAAACUCUUGAAACGGAUGAUUGAUGAGAGUGAACCCAAACUGCCAGUUGGUUACAUCAAAAUGGAUGAGAUUGCAAGUCGUGCAAAAGUGAAUUCCCCUCCUUUUGCUUCAGUGAUGAGCACCCUGCACAAGGAAGGGUAUGCUGCGAGUAGAUCACAUAUUGUCUCCAACGCAAUCAAGACGAACUGUCCCAUGGAUGAAUGCGUAAGAAUUGUGAAGGAGAUACGACAGACUGCUAACGAGUGCUAACGAGAGCUGAUUGCAGGGGUUGUGUUUCAAAUUUUUGGAUGUUAUGGAGCAAUAGAGACAAAAGGAAAAUACAAAAACACAGCAUCCAAAAGAAGCUUGACUGGGAAUACCUGUUUAGUGGUUGCUGCUGAACGACUGUGAAGGAAACUCUGAUGGCAAAGCUCAAACUGGUUCUUUGCAUUAGAAGGAUGAGUGCAGAAUAUGAAACAUGUUCAAGCCAACACAUUUUUCACAUAUAAAUAAAAAAUCCUUCUGAAUC